AUGGAGUCCCCUGAGUUUUCCAUCCUUCAGAUCCUGGUACAUUCUCUUGUGAACGCUUCUGAAGACGAACACGCUUCCGCGUGCUUGCUCACCGACAGCCUCAUACUCGCAUCCCACCAUCGCAAUCUGCCGUUUGCAGCGGCCAUUUCCGGGCUUGGGUUCAAGGUCGCAUUGAAGGCGCGAACUCGAGCUGUCGAGGAUAUUCUGCAUGCAUACCCAUGGAAUAAUAAGGUCGACGAGAAUGAUCUAUACAUUCCAAUCGUGCAAUCAUUUGAAGAUCUAGAAUAUGCCUUCCCGUAUGACGCCGCAUUGGUACGCAAGGAGGAAGUACUGGUCACAUGGUCCGAUAAGAGCAGCACCAUCAUGAACGACUACUGUAAUAUGGAGCAUCAGCUCCGCCAUUUCACGAGGUCAUGCCUCUGCAAUUGCUCGACGGAGACAUCGCUACUCGGUAUUCAACCCCACGACAAACAGUCCCCCGGUCUCCCUAUUCCCGAUCAUGACCAAAGCUCGACCAUGCAGCGCAGGGAGAUCUCUGAGUAUUCAGGGUACCAAGGGUUCUUCGAUGGAGCAUUGCAGGCACGCCUACAUCACAACCUAGCCGUUGUGGGCAAUCGCACAGACACCAUCCAUGAAUCCCUUAGGGAUCAUCCUAGACCUAUCAAAACAUCGCGAAUGUAUACCGCAGAUCCACUAACAGUACCGCCACUCUUCGGCGAUCUCUUGUUCGCGCCCACCCGUCUCAGCACUACGAGGCGCACGAUCCUGCAACUAAUCUAUCAGAUGCCUUCCUUUGCCCGCUCAUGGCUUGUCGAUUCAUACAGCGAAAAUGGCAGUAGCGACGACAACGACAAAAAAUACGUCGACACAGAAACUCCUCGGAAGCACGAAUGGGCGCAUACGACGUCCACAGGGACUUUCCUCGCACCUCAUUCGCGCACGCGGAGACCACAAUCAGGUAGCCGCGAGCAGAAGCAACGCCACAGAUACACGGACUCGGCGGCCACUGCAGAGGAGAAGCGCAAGGGACGUGCUGUCUCAUGCGCCAACACUCUCGAGCCUGUGCCUUCAGCUGAAACUGGAUGCGGAAGAGCGCAGUCCGGUCGCGCGGCCAAGAGGAAGAGGCUGGACAGUAGCAUUGGCGGUAUCAACGAUGGAUACGCUGGUACUGAUUCCAACGCCGAUUCAGACGCAAACGCAAACAAGCGUAAAAAGAAGAAAAGGGAGCCACACGAUGGAAAGAGGCGAUUUGCUUGCCCUUGUCCGGGUUGCGAAUGGUCGUUCGAGACCCGAUACGAUUUCCGCCGUCACCUACUGCAAUGCUUCAAGAUCAGCAAGCACGUCUGCACUGAGGCGGGAGAGCAACUCGGCGACGGGAGCUCGGCGAGCAGCAGCCGGGUGGGGGAUUUGAGCUUGAGCAAGGAGGUCCUGGACUUCCUGCAUGGGUUUCUGCACGAGGACGAGAUGGAUGGGAUGCCCUACCGCAGGAUGUCGGCGUGCUCGAUGGCAGCGAUUGCGGCGAGGACGAGCGAGCGGGCUGAAGUAGAUUUCGGAAUGUUUAGUGGUAACGAACCCGUGCGCGUAGCCAUGAAUUUCUUCAACCACCAUGAGGACUUAACAGACACUACAUCAGUGGUACUUAGAGAGACAAAUAAGAAGCGAUUCGAAUACUUUCAGAGAGUGCGUCAAGGUGCGGGCAAUAAGGGCAGGCAUGAGAAGACAGCGAGCGGUGAGGUCUAUGGUACCUCAGACAACGCGUAUAGCAGGCUUAAAGGUGAUUUUGAGAAAUUCCCAGUGUCUCAGUCCAUUCGUAUCAACAAUAGGCGUUCUCAGCUUUUCACAGUGGUUAAGGGUCGCAGGGAGGCUGUGCACACACCAAGCGCUCUAUGA